AACCACGGCUGACCACGGCGACCAUUUUCCAAACGAAAACUGUAGGUGUUGGCGGUGUUGGCUGUGUUGGCGGUGUUGGCCGUGUUGGCUAUCUGAUUCGGGACGCGGGAUAUAACACGUGAAAGAUUGAAAGCGGGUUACUAAAUCACUGAGAUCAUUUAUGGAGACGAAAAGAAUUACACAUUGUGCGCAGUUCAUUACAUUAUUUUUGUAACCCACAUUACUGGAACAGAUGUUGGUACGAUAGGCAAGCAAUGUAGAUAUAUGUUCGGGAAAUUUCUGUAUCAGGGAUACCAUGAUCACCAUCAUCACCAUGAUGAACGCCACUUGGACGUGGAUAAGCUGUGAACCGAAGCUGGUGAUGUAGAGAGGUUUGCAUUUAAUUACGCUAGUCUCAGCAGUUACAAUGUCACAGUGUUCUGAGCUGCAGAAACACCCACGCACAGGGCGAAACUACAUAAAAAAUGGGCAGUUGCAUUCAAAAAUGGCCUUGUUGAAGAGGCAGCAGGAAUGGCUGAAGAAAUGGAAGAGUCUUCUUGAUGUUUCCUCCACAACAUUGGAUGAAAUUGGGAAUUCAAAUGAUGAUGCUUGUGGAUUACCAACUUUAUGUGAGCACAGCUACAGUGUGCCUCCAUCAUCUGUGCAAGGCUUCAGUGCAGAUGAAUGCAGAAUGAGCCUACACAAGUACUAUAUGCUUGAAGAUCAAAUAAAUUAUCUUCUUCCGGAGGAAGACCUGUCAACAGAUGAAGAUGAUGUACAAAGCCUCACUUCUGAAGAUGAUGAUCCCAUUUUGAUUUUGGCCAGAUUUUCUUCUGAGCAGUUACGAGAUUAUGGUUACCAUGAAGAAACUACCAACUUGUCAACACAGAAUUCUGUGGAGACAUCAUCACUGCCUGGUCAACAUUUGUCUCAAAGUAAUAUAAAUGAUGGCUACACGACAGAUGGAUAUGACUCUGAAAUGGAACCAUGUCGCCCUAUAUCAAGGAUUUCUCUGAUCCUACCAUAUGAUCACAGUGAAGAUGACUGUGAUAGUCACUCUCUUUCAGAAAAUUUAUCAUAUACACUCAGUCGCCCAAAUUCUGUGAUGUCUAUUGGUGGUUAUACAACCUAUUAUGAGACUGAUUUUGAUACUGAGGAUGAAUUAAAGUCACAUCCAAUUACAAAAUCACGAAAGAAAAUUGAAGCUGUCUAUGGCCACAUCCCAGGAGUGCCAGUGGGCAAAGAAUGGAAAUUGAGACGUCAGUGCUGUAGAUAUUCUGUUCACCAGCCUCUUAAAGCUGCCAUCCAUGGUGGACCAGAAGGAGUUUAUUCUAUGGUGCUAUCCUUUGUGUAUGCAGUAGAUGACUAUGGUGUUGAAUUCAGAUACCGUGGUGAGGGUGGACGAGACCCAAAGACAAAGAAGCUUGUGUGUGACCAGAAGAUGAUACGGGGAAAUUUGGCACUUGCACAUAGUCAAAUGACUGGUAAUCCUAUACGUGUGAUACGAGGUUUUCAGCUUCAAAACAAGUAUUCUCCUCGUACUGGCUAUCGUUAUGAUGGGUUGUAUCAAGUAACCCAGCAUUCAGAGUCAGUGGCUAGAGGUGGUUUUAAAGUUUUUAUGUUUUACUUGGUAAGAUGUGGAUAUCAGCCCCCACCACCCUGGCAUAGUGACAGAAUAGAAUUGCCAUGGCCUAGCCCUGUUCAUCAAAACACAAGCACUUCAGAGGAUGAAUAUCCUGAAAAAGAGGUGCGUGUGAAGCGCGGGCAGCAGAGACCACAGUCAUCUCUUAUUUCAGAUGCUGUAAGAUGUCUUACACCUGCAAACAUGGCAAGUGAGAAUGAAUCUCCACCAGUUCUUGAGUUACCAGGAUUAAAACGAGAAAGAAUACUUCUGUAUUCUACUCCCCCUCAUAUAAAUCCAGGUUUUUGUUUUGAUUCAACUGCUGUCAAAAUAAAAGACAGAGCAGUUGUUCUUCUGGAGAGACUGGACAAGGAUUUAGACUUAAAAUUACUGGCCAACCCUCAGGAAAGAGUCAAUGUGUCAACUAUCCAUCGAUUCAAGAUACUAAGGAAAAGACGAAGGAAUAGCAGAAAGGCCCAUGUGAAGAACAGGAGGAGGAAGAAGAAGAAAAUGUUAAUUUCUGAAAGAAGAAGGAAGUUACAGUGAGUAGAUAACCUGUAAAGGAGAAAAGAAGAACAGAUGAAAUGGAAGGUGGCAAGUUGCUGCUCUGUGAAAAUGCAUUUGCACUGUAAAGAAAAGACAACUAUUGAUAAAAUGUAUUGCAUUGCAAUUGUAAAAUGCACCAGGAAAGUCCUCCCAAUUGAACUGCCAGUCAGAAGGAUGACCUGGAAGGACAUGAUCCCUGGAUGGUUAUGAAGCUAAACAGUUAUUAGGUAGUAGAUCAGUUGAUGAAAGAAGGAAAACUCAGCCUGAAAAUAUUCUCAGUGUUGGAAUUGAGAAACACAAUGCAAAGACAGAAAGUGGAUAAGUCAGUAACAGAAGCCGCUGAAAGCAAACAGUAUAAUUUUCCGCAAGGUAUAGCCAGUGUAUUAUUUAAUAUGAAGACAUGAAUGUUUUUACAGGCUAUUUUUAAGUUGUAAUUAUAUGCAAUUUUUUAAAACUCUUUUGGGAUAAUAUAUAUAUUCCAAUAUGUGUUUUCCAUCAUUUUGGCUGGAAUUAGUGGAAAACAAAAUCUGUCAGUAAUAGUUUUAUUAUUAUUACCUCUUUUAGAAUAAAGUACAGGUCUUUUUCAUAAGCACACAAAGCCUCUUCAGCCUGAUUUAAAAAUUAAGUUUUUUUUUUGAGCUCUUAGAGCUGUAGCACUGGAACUUUUUAUACUUUGUACAUCCAGAAAUGUGUGGACCCUAUGGGAGAAGGAAAAUACAGCUAAUUUUUUUAAUAAAUAAUGAUCACCAUUAUGGAUGGUAACAUGUACAGCUUAUUCUGAGCCAAUUCAAAAUAAAAAUAACAUUCACAGAGAAUAGUUUUCAAUGAAAGGGAUGAGCCUGUUCUAUGGAGUACAGCCCGUCUAUGUUGGGAAGAAUUUCCAUCUGCUUCAGGCAUAGGUCUGCAUUCAUUUGAAGUAUGGUCCUAUAUUUGUUCUUAAUUCAAAAUCAUAGAAAAUGCAUUCUCAUACAAAAAGGUAGAAUCACUUGGCAGUUUCUUCAUGGGACUGAAGUCAUCCACAUACCCAUAAUUGAGGCUCCCUUUCAGUAACACCAUAUGGCACUUUUUUUGUGGCUGUCCUUGAUUUCAGUGGCAUAAUGGUGUGCAGAAUAUUCUGAACCUACUAACAGUUUAAAGUUUGCUGUAUAUCUGCAGUAUUGUUAUGUAACUGCCACUCAAAAGUUGGCUACCCUGCUGUAUAUUAUGCUGUAAUGGUAUGCUAUGUAGUAAAAGGUAGGGGGUGAAAAGGCAGGAAGAAAUUUCACCAUGCCCAUUGAAAAAGCUUAACAUCAGACAAAACAGGAAGAUAAAUGUGACUCACUGGAGAGAUAUCAAGAGAAAUAUGCUGAAAGAUGCUGGAAAGGCACACAGAACCCAGAAGGGAAGGCAGAUAAGCGGAAAGUGUUCAUCAAAGUAGAUCCUUUUAUGCAGUCCAUAGUCAUGGUUCAAGAAAAGUUGUGAACUUGUGUUGGAGAGGAAGGAAACUUUGAUCAUUGAGUACUGUGGAUGUGCAUAUGCCAAGCAGUCUGCACUGCUGGCAAAAGUUGUAGAGAUUGAUGAAAGAAAAACAGAACCCUGGGAACAGCAAUGCUACAUCUAGACAUAAGUGAACACUGAAGUGCUAAUUGGAGUUAAACUCACAGAGAAAGGAGAUUGGUGUGCCAUAUUCUGACAAGUAUUGUGAUCAACUAUAUGUUCAACUUACUGCAGAAGACACUGAAAAGGCUACAACUGGAUUCUCCUACAGUCAUUUCCAUCAUGCAGAAAAUGAUCUGGCAUUAAAAUGUGACCAAGAGAAAGUACUAUUAAUUGAAAACUUGUAGUGCUAUAUGUAGAUUUACAACAAGUCCUACACUUUUACAUUCAAGCAUGUUCUAUUAGAGGCAACUCUUCUGUUAACAAUUUGGCUGUGCAUAAUCUUGAAACUGUUGAUGUAACAAUGACUGUAUGGCACAAUUGUACUGGUAAGAGAAGGUCUGCAGAAAUCUUACUCUAUAUUCUUAAAUAUGUUCUUGACUGUUUUGCAUCUUUGACAGUCAUUUCAGAAGAAAGGAAACUCAUCAUAUGGUCAGAUAGAUGUGUAGGCCAGAACAACUGAUGAGUGUUGGCUGUCUGCUCGUACCUGGUAUCUAGAUUCAGUAUGGUUUCUUUACUGAAGUUUACCAGAGGUUCUGUGCUCAGGGCAGAGCUUCCUGCCCUGUGAUAGGGACUUUGCCUGAUAUAAAAAACAAGAGAGAAAAAAAAAGGAAGAUUAUUUAUAAUGGCAACAUAAAGGAAAUACAGGUAUUCCUCGAUUUAUGAAGGUAACUCAUUCUAUGAAAACUGUUCGUAAGAUGCAUAUUUUAAAAUAAAAAAUGGCGUUCUCAAUA